AUGAAGAAAGGCCUCAAAGAGAUGAACAAACAUUGUAUCGAUAAACUAAACUGUGAUUUUACCUAUGCAAUGGCCCAAAAUACAGGUGCAUCGAGUCAGCAUGAAAGUUUGAAUGCUACCAUGGCCAGCAAAGCACCAAAAUCCCGUUGCUAUGGCACUUCAGAGUCUGCAGAUUUUAGGUAUGGGUGUGCUGUAAGCCGGAAAAAUGUUUGGGAAAAGUAUAUUGAAAUGACCAAAGAGAAAUUGGGCCUGAAGCCCGCGAUGAAUACACCACGCCAUGUGAGCCUAACUAAGAAGACAGCACGCAUACGCUCAGAAAAAAGUAAAACAAAAGAGUUUAAAAACAGGCGAAACUUUUUGUGGAAGCAAAAGACUAUGUUACGUAACAAAAAAGAAGCCUCAGAAGGUGACACUUACAACACGAACAUGGGAUUCCUUACCACUUCAGCAGUGGAGCAUUGUCCAUUGCAAUCUGUGUGUUUUGAGAGAGAACCUGGUAUUGUUUUCUUUGAUUUGGAGACUUCUGGCUUUGGGAAAAGCGCUGAUAUUUUACAAAUAGCUGCUAAAUGUCAGCAGUUCACAUUUUCUAGGUAUAUCACUUCUACCCAGAACACUAGCCCUCAAGCAUUUGAGGGGCAUUUAUUCUACAAUGGAAAUUGCAUUGUAACCAAAUCUCCAAAUACUGCUUACAGUCUAUUCUGCAAUUAUCUGAGGAGUCUACGGAGACGAAGCAUUAUCUGUGCUCACAAUGCGAUUUUCAAUGUCCCUCGCCUGCUCAGAGGUAUUGCUAAUGUGGGUAUGUGUGAAGAACUUGGCAGAAUUAUCGAAGGAUUUUCAGAUACUCUUCCCAUCAUCAGACUUGUCAGAGGUAAAAAGGGGCGAGGAGAGAAUACUUUGAGUCAACUGGCUAAGUUGUUGGAGAUUAAUACUGAUGGAACUCAUAAUGCGAUUCAGGAUGUGAGAAUGUUGGAGAGAGUGACAGGAACACUGGAAAUUUCUCAUGAAACUCUCGUCACUGUAAAUAAGACCUGGAACGCUUGCAUCAACGGAGAAAAACGUCGAGACGUUUGCAGUAUGACUCUGAAAACGCUAGCACCCUUGAAGGAUCAUGUGAGUGCACAGAUGAGGAAGAAAAUGGCUGAGUCGGACAUAAGUUUUGAAAUUCUUUGCAAUACAUUUCGAACUCAUCAAGAGAAUAGAAUAAAAACCCUUCUGGCUAUUGAUGAAAAUGGGAUUGUACGAGUUACAAAGAGCAAAAGAAUUGGUCAAAGCAUUGUUGAUUUUUUAAAGAAAGUUCUUGGUGAAAUAUAA